AUGUGUAGGGUGACUUUUUCCAUUGGAAAAUAUUAUGCCUCCGAAGUCUUAUGUGACGUCCUUGAUAUGGACAUUUGCCAUCUCAUUCUCGGACGCCCAUGGCAAUUCGAUACGGGGGUAACAUAUGAUGGGUGUGCCAAUGCUUAUUCGUUUGAAUGGAAGGGACGGAAGCUACGUUUGAUUCCCAACUCUCAACCACAACACACUCCUGUGACAACUGCAAGCAAUGAUCAGGCUGCUCUAAGUGUGAUUUCUGGGAACUCUUUGAUGCAGUUGUGGCGUGAAAGGAAGGCCCUAAUAACUGUCUACAUGACUGAAGGGAAUUCGGAAACAGAGGCAACAAGUUCUCCACUGGAACUACUCCAGCCGCUCACAGAUUUUGCAGAUGUUGUAUCUAUAGAUCAACUAGAUCAGCUUCCACCUCUUCAUUCCAUACAGCAUCAAAUCGACUUCAAACCUGGUGCUUCAUUGCCAAAUUUGCCACACUACAAAAUGAGUCCGAUGGAACGUCAAAAUUCAUAG